CACCUCCAUGACCACAACGCACAACUCGCUCCACGGCCAUUGAUCAGCCCCGUUAUAACCCCGGUUUACCACCAGAGCCGGAUCCGGAUACCUCGCUCCCAUUCUGAAAGCAAACCAGUGUUGCCCGUCAUGGCGGAGCUUACCACAACCAAGCUCAACGCCGAGUCGCACCUGCUCCUGGACCAGCCCCUCCUCCGUAUGCCCCAUGAGCUGUCGCGGCGGAACCAAAAGAAUGCCCAGCGCUACGUCGAGAACAGCACCAAGGACGUCCUUUCGUCCCUGACCGCCGCCGCAAAGACAGCCUCCAAGACCCCGACGCCCGAUGCUGCCCUCAGCUCGCUCGACAGCAUAAUCUCAAAGAUGCAGGGCCUCAAGCGGAAACUUGAGCAUCUGCAUGACGAGGAGAUGCGCAUACACAAGUCCAACCGCGCGCGCUUGCGGCACCUGCAGGACUUGUAUGAGGUACAAAGCCUCGUCGAUGUCAAGUACGACGAAUGGAGCAGGACGCGCUUGUCACGGCUGCUGGUCGACUACUUGUUGAGGGAAGGCUACUCGGAGAGCGCGGCGCACCUGGCAGCGAGCCAGGGCAUCCAGGAGUUGGUCGACGUUGAUGCCUUUGUCGCCUGCCACAAGAUCGAGAAGAGCCUGAGGGAGGAGAGAAACACGAGUCUGGCGCUGAACUGGUGCAAGGAAAACAGCAAAGAGUUGAAGAAGCAGGGAAGCAUGUUGGAGUUUGAGCUUAGGUUGCAGCAAUACAUCGAGUUGGUGCGCCUGGGACACCAGGCGGGCGUGGGGGACGUAGACACAGACAUGGACGGCUUAAAUGGCGUCACACUUGACGGAACGUCCACCAGAGCCGGCGAGGAGAAGUUGGUCGAAGCCAGAGCGCACGCGAAGAAGUACCUGAGUGCGAGUGGGGAUUUUGCGCUUCUGGGAAAGGCCGCGGGCUUGUUGGCGUAUCGACCCUGGGACGACGUCAAACCUUACAGUGAGCUCUACUCUGACUCUCGCUGGACCUAUCUCGCCCAUCUGUUCCUGACAACCCACCACACGCUCUACUCUCUUCCGCCCAGACCUCUGCUCCACAUCGCGCUCUCAGCCGGUCUGUCCGCACUCAAAACGCCCGCUUGUCAUUCUGCCUACACAGCCCCCACUACCAUGCCACUCACCUCAUCCUCGCACUGCAUCACAUCCACGUCUGUGUGCCCCAUUUGCAGCACUGAGCUUAAUGAACUGGCGCGCAAUGUGCCAUAUGCUCACCAUAGCAAGAGUUUGGUGGAAAGUGAUCCGGUGGUACUUCCCAACGGCAGAGUGUACGGUAAGGAGCGAUUAAGAGUGUUUUGUAACAAAGUUGGGGUUGAGCCUGGGUGGGUAAGAGAUCCAGUAGAAGGUUUAGGUGGGAUGAAGUGGGGGGAGAAUGAGGUGAGGAAGGUGUUCAUUAUGUGAGCGAUACUGGCCAAGGGUCUUCAUGGGGCAGAACAGUGGGUGUUUAUGGGUCUUACUUGAGCAUAGCGAGAGGCGUCAUCAUACCUUUUCGGCACGGGAGCGACAGUAUUCAUUCAUUCCAACAGACACCGCGUGUAUUCCUGAUGUUAAUCCCUCAUCUGCUUCUUCUCUCUCAAUGUCUACGGCGCGCCUGCGUUGUUUGAGACUGCCAUGGCAGAUGCUGCGGCAGGUCAUUGUGAUUCAAUCCUCGGGCUUUGCGACAUCUCCCAGAUCGCUCGAAAGGUCAGCAUCGAUGGCUGAAGCACACCGUCUUUACGUAUCUCCAAGCU